AUGCCUCGGAUCGCAGGUGUAGCUUGACCGUGUCUGUGUGGCACUGCCCUCUCUUGCAGUCCUGGCUUCGGUGGGCUCCAGCCCCACAAAAUGAUUGUUGCCCGCGCCCUGUGUAUUCAAAUCCACACGUCCGCUUGCAGGUCUGUGCCGCUUGAUCCUCUUCUUUCUUCCCCGGGCUGUCAUGUCACAAGCCGGAGGAGAGCGGCGGACUCAGAGGCGUCGUCUCGAUGUCCACGUCCGGUGGUGGUCGUGAUGCUUGUUGAUGCGGCGCUGGUGGCUCACAAGGCGCGCUUGAUCGGAGCGAUGACAUUGACAAUCUAGACCACCGGGCAUUCCUCACUAUGACAGUAAAACGAAGGAUAAAAACACGGCCAAAGCGGAGAAUUCCCGCAUUUUUCAUUGAACGCUUGCUUCCUCUGCAGAAUUGGAUGAACAACAGCCUCUCGCCUCGAUAAAUCAGCGGGUGAAAAACAAUUGUUCAAGAAGAGAGAAAUGAUAUAGCCUACCACAGUUAUAGCCAAUCAGACAAUCGAAUGUAUCGAAUUGUCGCUGCAUGGCUUGAUAAACUCAACGUGCAGACACAUUACGGAUGCUGUCUUGUCUCCUCUUUUCUCCGAAAGCAAUGCGUUCUCUGGCGCUGUUCAGCUGCCCUGGUGCUGAUGACGAUGAGUGAACCAAUGACGCGCAGAGUGAGACUGAGCGCGUGGUAGUGCCGGGAGCCCAUUAUUUGUCAGUAACGGUCUGUACAUUUCCUCAAAAGCUUGAAUGGCUAUAGCUUAUGCCUGACCAAUUGAUGGUUUCAUUUUUUAUGAGCGACAUACUCACAUCAAUCAUGCAAUGGCAGGCUAUUGUCUACUCUAGCCCCAUUCUUUGAAGGCAGCACAAUUGAUAAGAUUAGGCUAUAAUUGUAUCAUAUAAUUUUAGGGCAAAUUAAAAUCGAUUUUUGCAGGAGAGCUUGAUAUUCUUCAAAAACAAAUAGCACUUUUCUGAUUAAAGGCCUUAAACAAGUUAUACCCUUCAUGAAUAGCCUACUAAUCUUUGUUUGACAUGAUGAUGAACCACUGUCGAGUUCCUUACAUCAAUAAAUCUAGGCGUGGCAUUCUGAGCAGACAAGACUGCCCAUUUUCCGCUAAUAAUGACAAAUGGGAGGUUCUACAGUUGAGUCGCGACAUUUGACAUGACAUUUCAGUUUAUGGGAUUGGCCCUGCUAGUGAAUCUGAUGUAGACGGUAAUAGCAAAGCACCUCCCCUUAUUGGAACGCUGGAACUUUACUGUCAUCCUUCAGUGAUCUCUUUGCCAUAGAGUUGGUAAAAGAUCACUCAUGCCUUCAAGUAUAAUUAAAUAAUUUGACCAUGAUUAUGAUGAAACCACAAGUUGUGUUUGAACUUGGAGGAACUGGUGUAGGGAAAGGAACCCAGUGUGCCAAAAUUGUGGAGGUAUGUGAACAUUUGAAAUUCGGUCAGGAUGGAGAUAUUUUAUAUUUUAAGUCAUAUGUAGGUGUCUUCCUGACAGGACUGGAACUCUGUAACACCUACAGUUUAUAACAGUUUAUAACCCUGGGAGCCAAUAGGGCUUUCCCAUGGGGGUUUCUGUUCUACACUGACCUGGGUUGACCUGGGCUGGAAUGAGACAUAAAUGUAGACAUGUCGACAUUGGAGUUCAAAGGGAAUAAGCACUCACAUAAACACCAGUCAUAUCGGUCAUACACAGUCCCUCCCUUUUUUUGACAUCCAACAGAGGAUAACCUAGUUUGACCCAAGUCACAGUGCAGGUCUUAACUAUUCCCUGCAUUCCAAUGCCCUCCUUCCUGAAACAAUUCAUAGCUUUGACUUGUGUUUUCCUUUUUACUGAGGUCUUCCCUUGUUCAUGUAUUCCAGGCUUAUGGCUACACUCACCUGUCUGCAGGCGACCUCUUGCGGGCCGAGAGGGGUCAGGAGGGCUCUGAAUAUGGACAGCUGAUCGACAGCAACAUCAAGGAUGGGAAGAUUGUUCCUGUGGAGAUCACAAUCAACUUACUGAGGAAGGUACCUCAUCAUGUGAUGUUUGCUAUUCAUUUGUUUGCACUUAAUUGAGUAAACCCUGUCUUAUUGUUUUUUCCUUUUUUCCAUUUGCUCCUGGGCUGAGUAGAAAGUCUUGACGAGGCAUUCUUUUAGAAGGAAUUGAGUGACAUCUACAUACAGUCAUCAGAUCCUGUUUGUACCCUCCCAACUCCCCUGCCCCCGUCCCUCUCCCAGGCGAUGGAGGAGACGAUGCAGCUGGACCAGUCAAAGUUCCGCUUCCUAAUUGAUGGCUUUCUGUGUAACCAAGACAACCUCCAGGGCUGGACCCAUGUCAUGGAGGGGAAGGCUGACAUCCAAUUCGUUCUCUUCUUUGACUGCAGCAAUCAGGUGGGAGGCAACUAACUACAGCUCUUUGAAUAGCAGGGAAAGAGCAGUGUGAUCUGUGAUCUCUGAUACGUUUCUUCUAAACGCAACUGUGCAUAUGAAAUGACCUGACCCAAGACAAAGUGGUCAGUCUCUAUUGUGUAUGUGGUAAAGUGAAUGGUAAAGUGAGCAAGGUUGCCUGUGUGUGUGUGUGUGUGUGUGUGUGUGUACAGGUAUGUUUUGACAGGUGUCUGGAGAGAGGGAAGAGCAGUGGAUGCUCAAACGACAACAGAGGGAGUCUAGAGAAGCGGUAG